UACAAUUUAACCUUAAUCUUACAAUUUAACUGUUUGAAUUUAGGCCUAUAAUAGGAAAAUUGUUGUGAUAUAAAUUUAGUAUAAUGUGUGAAAAUUCAGAAGAAGAAAUAUUGGAAAUGCUAAAUAGCAUCUUUACAAAAUGUGAUAUCGAUGGUAACGGAUUUGUAGACAUAAACACACUUAUACAUUUCCUCACUUGUCAAGAUUCUACAUGGCAAAAAGAUAAAACUAUUGAAGAGGAAUUCCGCAAAGUUCUGUGUUGCAAUGGAUUAAACCAAAGAAUUUCCAAAGAUCAUUUCAUCACAUCAUUGCUAGGCUGUAUAAAAUUAAAAACCCAAUCAUUUGAAAAAAACCACUACAAUGAGAAUCCUAAUCAGGAAGUUUCUGCAGAACAAUCUCCAGAAAUUGUGUUUGCCAGUGUGACAAACAAUAUCAUCAAUUCUGAAGUUUGCUUUGUUGCAGAUGGUCAAACUUUGACUAAUGAGGAUGUAGCAGAAGAGAUAUCAGUGUCUGACUGCGAGAGUUCCCCUGUAAAUAAACAGUUUCUGAAAUCCUUACAGAAUGAAAUACUUGCAGUACAGCGGAAAAAUGAAUACUUGGAGGGUAUUAAUAAUUCUCUUGUAAGUCAGAUUUCAUCCUUGGAAGAUGUAAUCAUGAAGAACGAAAAGGAAUCUGCCUCUUAUUCACAUAAGUUGUUGGUCAGCCAACAGCUUUUGGAAAUGCAGAAACAAAAACAAGAAGAGAUUGAAGAAAAACUUUCUCUAUUUGUUGACAACAACAAAUCAGUCACCAUCCAGCUGUCUCAUGCUGAGAGAGAAAAUUCAAAGCUGAAAGAGUUGCUAUUAAACCUGGAAAAGCAGGCUGAUUUGAAAUUAUCUGAAAAGUUGUUUCAAGACACAAAACUCAAGGACAUCAAAGAGAAGUACAAUAUAUUAAAUGAUUUAUUCUCAAAGUCUCAAGAAGAGUUGGAAAGUUUGAAAAUGAAAGAUAAAACAGGGGAAGAGAUGUAUGAGCAACUGGUAGAACAGAAUACAAACCUUAGGUUGCAGUUAGAUUCAAGUGAUUGUCUUGUUCAGGAAAAUCAAAAGCCUUGCUCGUGUGAUUGUUUGAAAGACUUGCCUUUUACUACAAGCUCCCCUGUGUCUUCGGAGAAAUCUCACGUUACAAAAUCAGAAGUCGCAGUUGGCACAGAGGAGAAGACAGUCUCACACCAAGCUACCAUGACAACUUUCCAGGUGUGUAUAUUUAAUUUUUAUUAAUUGACAGUAAACAUAAUUGAUGCUAUGGCUACCAAACAACAUGUAUGACGUCAGCUAUGUUGUAAAAAACUGCUUCUAUACGGUGCUGUUAUUUUGUAACUAAGCAAUAAUAUGUACAAUUGAACAAACAUGUUCUCAAUGAGAUUAUGAGAUUUUAAUGUGUUAUUGUUGUCUCAUUCAGGUUAUACAUGUAAAUAAUAAUCCAUUGAAUAUCCGAUAAAUAGUUAAGAUUUAAUUUCAAUAGUUCAGAAAUUAACA